GAUAUAGAUCAUAUACCCCGUGGGCGUGGGACCGUGUCUAUGCCUAGACGCGGCCGGCAUUUAUGUUUACAUGGCACAGCUGAUCGAGCUUUUCAACCAUUAAUUUUGUCAAUUUGUUUAUUGGGAUGGAUCUAUCGUUAAAGACGCACGUCAUCGCGAUUUCACCCCCACCAAUCGCCAUUUUAAAUGACUCGAAUGUUAGAUAGCAACCGUGGUGUUGAUAUGCAUAAUUGAUAAUUGUCGAUAAUGCCGUGCGUAUACAGAUAAGGCCCUUAUUUAUAAAAUUACGUUGGCUCGCAAUUAUUAUUCGCCAUACGAAUAUGCUGCGACGCGAUAUGGGGGUCCUAAAGCAAUUCUGUAACUGCAGAAUCCUGCGCAACAGCAGAAUUCAGACGGAGGAUUUAUGGGUGCGUGAUGGAAGGAUUAUGAAUCCGGAGAGGAUCUUUUACGAUGAAAAGAUCAAGCCAGAUGUUAGGAUAGAUUGCGGCGGCGCUCUAAUUUCACCGGGAUACAUAGAUGUACAGAUCAACGGAGGAUUUGGCAUAGACUUCUCUUUCAAUGUUGACAAUGUGGAAGAGGGCAUUGAUAAAGUAGCAAAGGGAUUGCUAACACAUGGAGUAACAUCUUUUUGUCCUACUUUGGUAACAUCUCCAAGUGAGGUAUAUCACAAAGUAUUACCAAGAAUAAAAAAACGAAAUGGUGGUAGCCAUGGUGCUUCUGUACUGGGUGUUCAUAUAGAAGGGCCAUUUAUUAGCCCAAAUAAAAAAGGUGCUCAUCCAGAGCGUUAUAUUAAAAAAUUUGAUCAGGGAUUUAAAUCAGUUAUUGAUAUGUAUGGAGAUCUAGACAAUGUAUGUUUAUUUACAUUAGCACCUGAAAUUCCAAAUGCCAUACUUGUUAUUGAAGAGUUAUGUAGAAGAAAUAUCAAAGUAUCUCUUGGACAUUCCAUAGCGAAUUUAAAUGAAGGAGAAGAGGCAGUUAAACAUGGAGCAUCAUUUAUUACUCAUUUGUUCAAUGCUAUGUUACCUUUUCAUCAUAGAGAUCCAGGAUUAGUUGGUCUUUUAACGUCCGAUAAAAUUCCACCUGGAAGAAUUGUUCAUUUUGGCAUAAUCUCCGAUGGCAUUCACACUCAUCCGGCGGCGUUGCGGAUCGCUCAUAGAACGCAUCCGGAAGGUCUUGUACUUGUAACAGACGCGAUAUCAGCGUUGGGUUUGGAGGAGGGAAUCCAUCAGCUAGGACAAUUCAAGAUAGAGAUACGUAAAGGAUGCGCUUAUAUCGCUGGAACGGAUACUAUGUGUGGUAGCAUAACCGAGAUGUCCAAAUGUGUGAGACACUUUAAAGACGCUACAGAUUGCACAAUAGUUGAAGCCUUGGAAGCGGCGACUUUGCAUCCCGCGAGAAGCCUCGGUAUCGAUUCUUACAAAGGUAUUCUUAAUUUUGGAGCCGAUGCCGAUUUUAUAUUACUAGACGAAAAGUUGGAGCUCCUAUCGACAUGGAUUUCGGGAGAAUGCGUUUAUGAGAAGAUUCCUGGUAGUACAAAACAACUGGAAGCGUAAACGUAAGUAGAUACAAAUAAGAAAUCAGUUGUAUAAAACAACUGGAUAUCCUAUAAUUCGGUCAGUGUACAUAAAUUAACAGUGACAGACCGAUUAUAAUAAUGUUAUAAUGAAUAAGCCUUAAACUUCAGAUAAUAGCUUUUGUAUGUUACACUGAGAUUUUACUACAUUUAUACUUAUAUAAAUAUAUUAAUUAUAGUUUUAUGUCUUUAUGCUUGAAAAGAGAUUAUUUAUAGAAAAAAAAAAGAUAAAAUACUACAUAAAAUUUGAAGAUUUAAUUUUUUUUUAAUAUUGCCUCAUAUGUGAAAUCUAAAUUUAUUUAGAUUUCUAAAUUUAAAGACACUAUAUGAUGAGUAUAAAUAUAUUUUACUAAAUGAAGGAUAUUAGAAAAGUUAUAUUUUCAUAUGCUCUUUUCUACUUAAGAUGUAAAUAUGUAACAAUAAAUGUAUUGUUUUUUAAUUUAUAAAUUUAUUUAGAGCUUCUCUAUACUCCCCUUUGCAUUCUUGGCAAGAUUUUCUUUAACUAUAUUAGUUUUUGCUUUACUUGUUAUAUCCUACAGGGUAUACAGAUGUCAAAUAACAUAGUUUUAAUGAUUUAAUACUACAAAGAUAUUUUUACAGAAUUAAAGAAUGAUUAGGAAUUGCCGCACUACAUUAAAUUAAUCUUAAAGUCUCAUUAUGUAUACUUAAAAGUUUUAUAUUAAUGUACAUAAGGCUUCUUUUAUAUGAAUUGAAAUGCAUUGAAUAAAAUGCUACUUAAAAGAAAGAAAAAUAUUAAAUUUUCUGAACAAUAUUCAAAUUUUCACAUCAUAUAUAUAUAUAUAUAUAUAUAUAUAUAU